CACGAAUAACUUGUAAAAAUGUCAGACGUACGUAUUCUGGGUAAACGAUUAGCGCAACGCAUCGGUCAGGAGGCGAUCGUGCUGGGCAGAAUCACGGAGAAAAGUUCUGAUGGUAAGAGUGCAGAGAUCACGACGACCGACGACGCUCGAAUUAAUGUGACCUUUCUUGAGCCACUUGACAAUAACGAAUCGGGUUACAUAGAAGUGCGUGGUACAGUAAAGUCAAAGUCUACAAUGUCUUGCAGUAAAUUUGUAUGUUUCUCUCCAAGUAUGACUAAAGACUUCAAUUUAAAUGGUUACAAUACAAUGGCGACUAUGCGCUGUGCAGUGGGGAAUCAGUUGGAAGGAGUAUUCUACGGAGAUUAAAAAUCAGGAGUGU